AUGGAUCCUCUUCUCUCAGUUAUCUUCUUUCUCUUCACUUUCUUGUCCAUCAAGUUUGCCUGUUCUGCUUCAGAACUCUCAUAUAACAACCACUGUAACUCUUUUGUCUCAUACUCAACACCUUCCAACAAAAGGGUGAACACUUUCCCUCUUGGUGAUACUCACAAUGGUUACUUCCAAGGAGGGAAGAAGAUCACUGGCCUUGGAAAUGGAGAAACAUGGAGCCAAUUCUCCUUUUACCUUCAACCAAGAAGAAUCCAAACAACUGAGGACUCUCACUUAUUCAAACUUGAAGGCCUUGUUUCAUUCAGGAGCACUCUUGCAUGGAACUUCACCUAUGUUCAAAGCCGAAGUCACCGGUCGAGGAGUAUUCGUCACGGUAGUGAUCUUGUAACUUCUUUUAAGCUUGAAGGGUUCUGGUCUGAAUCCUCAGGGAAGGUUUGCAUGGUUGGGAGAGGCACUUGUUUUUCCGAAACAGGUGAAUCUAUUGGCCUUGAAGCUGUGUUUAAGCUUAACAAUGUGUUCAGUUCAAGUAAUAUCAGUAGCAUGGUCAUUGGAAAGUUGGAGAGCUUGAGUUCUGAGAAUGAUAAGAGUUACUUUGAACCAAUUUCUGUGUUCAUGUUCCCAAAAGAAGCAUACAAGUAUACCUUAGAUUCCACAGAGGCAGAUAAAGAAUGCUCUUCUGGAAUUGAUGCUGAACAAGGUUUGUCAUUGGAUUCAAACUCCUUAAGUUUUUGCUCAUAUUCAAUCUCAAGAGCCAUUGCUAUGCUCCCAUUGGAUUACUCUGAUGUAUGCAAUUCAACUAAGAAUUGCACUCCUAUUGAUGGCAGUUCUGGACAAUUGCCAACACUAAUGUCUUUGAAAGCCAUUCAGUGUUCUCAUUCUCCGAAGCAUACGAUGAGGGUUCUUCUUGAAUUUUCAAAUAAUAGUUACUACUACUAUGGUAUGAACCAAGGAAAAAUUCCCCAAAACAUAUUAGUAGGUGAAGGGUGGUGGAAUAAGAAGAGCAAUGUUUUGUGUGUAGUAGCUUGCCAUAUCAAGGGAAUUUCAUCUUCCGUGGAUGGCACUCGUGUUGACGAUUGCUCAGUGAGAUUAAGAUUGAGGUUCCCCUCGACUUGGUCGAUCAAAAACACUAGUAGCAUAGUUGGGGAAAUUUGGAGCAACAAGACUGCAAAUGAACAAGGCUACUUCAAGAGGAUCAAAUUCAGAAAUGAUGAAGCUCAAUCGGUGGUGGUUGGUCAUGGCUUAGAGUAUGAGUACAGCCAACUAGAAAUAGCUAACAAAUCAUGCCACAACCAAAAACCUGUUAAAGGCCAGGGGAAAAGCUAUCCAGAGGCACAUUCUUAUGAUAUGAGAUUUGAUAUGUCAGUUAGAGAGUCAAGAAAAAGAGUAGCUUGGGGUUAUUCAGCUCCUUUAUUUGUUGCUGAUCAAUUUUAUGAUUUGGGGAUGCCUAUGUUUUUGGAUUCUGUUUCAAGCUUCUCAGAUCAAGUUCCUCAUCCUGAUAUCCACAGCAACAAUAAUGGUAGCUUGUUCAACAUUAGCUACAAGAUUAGCCUCACACCGCUGUCUCUCUCAGGGAUAGAUGACAAGAAUUCUUUCUUCAGUAAUAAGUCAUUUGAGUCGGUGAAGCUCACUGCCGAAGGAAUUUAUGAUGCUCAAGGUGGAACCUUGUGUAUGGUAGGCUGCCGCGAAGUUUCCUCAAAAAAUGCUACAAAUACGCAUUCUUUGGACUGUGAGAUUAUGGUGAACUUUCAGUUUCCACCAUUAGGUACAAUCGAUGGGAGGCGCAUCAGGGGAAGCAUCGAAAGCACGCGCAAAAAGUCAGAUCCUCUUUACUUCAAGCCUUUAGACCUAUCUGCAUCAACAAAUUACGUGAUAUCAUUAAGAAGGAAUGCUUGGAGAAUGGAUAUGGAGGUCAUCAUAGCACUGAUAUCCACCACUCUAGCAUGUGUUUUUGUUGGAUUGCAACUCUACCAUGUAAAGAGGAACCCUGAUGUGCUACCCUUCAUCUCAAUUAUGAUGAUGUCGAUUCUCACUUUUGGCUACAUGAUUCCUCUUGUUCUGAACCUUGAAGCUCUUCUCAGCCAAAAUCCUAACAACAAAAACAUUGUAUAUGGCUUUGUUGGAUGGCUUGAAGUCAAUGAAAUCGCGGUGAGGCUAACAACCAUGGUAGCUUUCUUGUUGCAGUUCCGGCUCCUAUACCUUACUUGGUCAUCAAGAAAGACCAACGGAAGCAAGGAAGGUUUCUGGAAUGCCGAGAAGAAGGCAACAUUUGUCGCCUUACCCUUGUUUGCAGCCGGUUUAUUGGUCGUAUUCCUGUUCAAAUUGAAGAAAGGUCGAGCUCCAGCUUCUAUAUACGCCGGAGGGUACUACAACCGAGAACCUUCCUCUUGGGAAAACUUCAAGUCUUAUGGUGGUUUAGUAAUGGAUGGUUUUCUCUUGCCACAGAUAAUUUUGAACAUUUUCUCAAACAUAAAGAGGGCACAAAUUCUUUCAUGCUCAUUUUACAUUGGAACUACAUUUGUGAGAGUGUUGCCACAUGCCUAUGAUCUCUACAGGGCUCACAAUUAUGCUGAAGUAGAUAAUUUUGCAUACCUGUAUGCAGAUCCUGAUACAGAUUUUUACUCAACUGCUUGGGAUAUUGUGAUCCCUUUGGGGGGUAUAUUGUUUGCUAUCAUUGUAUACUUGCAGCAACGUUUUGAUGCUCUUUGUGUAAUGCCUCAGAGAUUCAAAGGGUCAUUUGCAUAUGAUAAGGUGCCUGCAGAAACUGAAUUAGAAGGAGAAGUACAAACAACAAACAUGUAA